UUGGGAGUUUAAACUCCCCUCGGAGGAAUCGUCGCUGCAAUUUUGAAGGGGCAUUCGGAUGAAUUCGCCCUACGUAGUUUAUUUUUAUUCUUAUUAAGAACUCAUUAACAGGCACCAACGACAAAGCUCCAAAGAUAAAUGGGAGAGAGAGAAAAAAAAUCACAAGACACCAAAUACAGACUCAUAAUAUGUAACAAUAGAAUUAUCUUUUAUAUUUUUCACAAGUUUAAGAGACUUCAUUAAAAGAAUGAGUUCGUUACAGAAAACCUUAUAUAAAGGAGGAGAUUAAGAUAAUAGAUAUUUGUGAAUAAAAAAAUUUACCAUUCGCCCUGCGUAGUUCUUGAGCUAAUUAAAUUACAAAAAGCAUCACCUGGGAACGGAUUGGUCGUGACGUCGGAACGAACUUGUUACAAAUGGAUCCACUCAACUGAUUCCAACUUGAGCAGAGCACACCAUAUGCAGAAAUAAAAUAUGCAACAAAAAAAAGCGUUACAGGAAUUCGAAGGAAAACAACAACUGCAAUUGCUUCUAAACUCCAGGUUGCUGAUAUCUGCCGAGACUGUUGUUACAUGUGAUGGGUUUGUCCAGCGUCUCAGCUGUGACUCUGGUGUGAUCCGUGUGCAGUCAGCAACCUUUGGUCGCACAAAUAGCAACAUUUGCAGCGUAGGACGACCACAAGGACAGACAUCUAAUACUCUGUGUUCAGUGGAUGUUCGUGAAGUCUCUAAACGGUGUGAUGGACUGAGCAUGUGUGAGUUAAACACUCAAGGACUUGCAGAACAUGAUCCCUGUGAUGGCACCUAUAAGUACUACACUACCAACUACACUUGCAUCCAAGCAGAAACAAGUGUGACUUGUCAUGGUGGAUAUGCUUACUUGAGUUGUGAGAAUGGUAAAAUUCACAUAAAUACUGCAAACUAUGGACGUACAGAUAAAGUCACUUGCUCUGAAGGACGCCCAUCCAGUGAGCUCCAAAACUCCAGCUGCUAUUCUCCCAAUGCACUGGCUCCUGUGUCGAAAAGCUGUAAUGGCUUGGAAAGUUGUGAGUUGUUUGCGACACAAACAGUCUUUACUGAUCCCUGCGUUGGCACGUACAAGUACCUUGCAGUCUCUUAUUUUUGCCUCCCGUCUGUGCUCCGUACAAGUGUGAUCUGUGAACAUGCAAAUAAUACUCUGAAAUGUGAGCAAGGGGCUGUCAUCCACAUUCACACUGCUAACUAUGGCCGAACUGAUCGCAGCACAUGUUCUGUCAGACGACGUGUUUCUCAGACUACCAAAACCGACUGCUACUCCUCAAACUCCAUGGAAAUAGUUACUAAUGGGUGUGAAGGAAACAAUAGCUGUGUCCUAGUAGCCUCCAAUGGCGUCUUCUCAGAUCCAUGUUUUGGCACAUUCAAGUAUCUGUACGUCUCUUACAGCUGUGUAGCCAAGUAAUUCAACCUCUGAAAUUGUGGAUUUUGGCUUCUUCAAAUCGGAUUUUAAAGUUUCUUCCUUGCAAUAAACGCCUUGAAGACA